GGCACCAAACUGGACUUACAGGCGCCAGCGCUUAGAGGAAAAACCCCACUCAUUUACUCAAUUGUAGCUUUCCUGUUGAUUUAAUUAAUGCAAAUUGAGACGUGUUAAAAGCUCCGUGUAAUUACCAUAAGACUGUUGUGGUGUUGUUUGGUGGUUUUUUUCCUUUUUUCUUGUAUUUUUAAGGAAAAUAGUAAGGGCUGUGUUCACGGCAGCUCGUGGAGGUUUGGGGCCCUGCAAGCUGAGCCUGGUGAGAAGGGCAGGAGCUCUGUCAGAGGAGCCGGUACCGACCCCAAAACCAGCCUGAGCGGAGCUCCUCACAUCCCUCUGCUUGGAAUCCAUCUGAUUGAAGUUAUCACAGACUUGGCUUCUGGAGUAAUUUUGUCUUGGUCAUGGCUACUUCUGAUAUUCAAGUGAAGGAACUGGAGAAGCGUGCCUCUGGGCAGGCCUUUGAGCUGAUACUCGGUCCCCGCUCAAAAGAAGCAACCCCGGAAUUCCCUCUUUCUCCCCCAAAGAAGAGAGAUGUGUCAUUGGAAGAGAUCCAGAAGAAGCUGGAAGCAGCAGAGGAGAGACGCAAGUCCCAUGAAGCAGAAGUCUUGAAGCAGCUCGCUGAGAAGCGGGAGCACGAAAAAGAGGUGCUGCAGAAAGCGAUUGAGGAGAACAACAACUUCAGCAAGAUGGCAGAGGAGAAGCUGACCCACAAAAUGGAAGCGAACAAAGAAAACCGUGAGGCACAAAUGGCCGCUAAACUGGAGCGCUUGAGGGAGAAGGACAAGCAUAUUGAAGAGGUUCGAAAGAACAAAGAAGGCAAAGACCCCGGUGAGGCCGAAACCGACUGAUUUCAUUCUGGCAACUCUCUCCCCCACCUCUAAAUAUCCAAAGACUGUACUGGCCAGUGGUUUUGGUUUUUGUUAUUUUUUUUUUUUAAGUUUCUAGAAACUGAUGUAGAACUGUAAAAUUAGAUCCAAACUGUACACUUUCUUUGGGGGCUAGAGGGGAGACCUGACAUGUUUCACUUUUUCUAAAGUGUUGUGCUAUCUUCUUGUUGCAUCCUUUUCUACUCCAGCGCGCUUGCUGCUGGGUUUGGUGGCUAGUACUGUAUCAGCUCUGUUUGUGAAAGGAAUAUGUGGUACGCUGUUCCAUGCUGAAUAUCUGUUACACGUCAAAAAUCCCAGUCUGCUAAAAUACUGCUGUAACUGAGUGACUAAAUAAAGCUGCACAGUGCUGUUAUGAGACUUGACUUCUGAAGAUAUGACACGCGGAACAAAAUGGGUUAGCCGAGGUCUGUUGGGCGGGAAGGGCCGCAGCAGCCUGGCCGCUUUUUCCCUAGAGUGUGCUCAUUGUCUUAAUUUUACAAUCGGAGCUUUGUGUUGACACCUCAGCAGUUGUCAGCUGGUGUGUUUUUGUCUGAAAGCGUUCAGAACCACCUCCCUUUGGAUGCUGACACUUCAAUAAACGAGUCCUUGUUACCACA